ACCAAAGCAAUCAUUCACCUCCCUCUUUGGUCCCUCGCUACCCUCUUCAUCACCCUUUUCUAUUUCAAUUCCUUCUUUCCCUCCUCUUUCUGUCUCUUCUCUUUUUCCAAGUUACCCUCCAUCCCUCAUCGAGUGUUUUUUUUUCUUUGGCCACGCACAAACAAUCUCAUUGCACUGUUUGCUUUCUUUCUCCGCCCCACCAACAAUUCCGUUCCCUAAACCGUUGUUCAGCGUCAAAGUUUGCAGCUUUGACAAACUGUUCUUAUUCUUGUUCCCCACAGUGGGUCUUGUCACGCGAUUUGAAUGAAGGGUCUUUGGUGAAAGUGGUACAUAGCUAUGGUCGCCGAAGCUUGGAUUGUGAAGAUGGGUAACCAGGUAAGUGCCAAUCUUAAACAAACUCUUCUUCUUGAACCUUCUGCAAGGAAAAAGCACAACCCCAAAAGGCAAGAUAGUAGCAGUAAAGAAGUAAUUGGUAUUCUUUCUUUUGAAGUAGCAAACGUAAUGUCUAAAGCCAUUCAUCUUCACAGAUCCUUGUCUCAUCCCGAGAUUUUGAAACUCAGGAACGAGAUUUCCAUCUCACCGGGUGUUCAAAGCCUGGUUUCCUCCGAAGAGGGUUAUCUUCUCGAGCUGGCUCGAGCAGAGAAGCUUGAGGAGUUGAACCGUGUUGCCAGUGUGGUUUCUAGGUUGGGAAGGAAGUGUUCUGAGCCUGCCGUGCAAGGUUUUGAACAUGUGUAUGGGGACAUUGUUAACGGGGUUAUAGAUGUGAAGGAAUUGGGGUUCUUAGUUAAGCACAUGGAAGGAAUGGUGAGGAAAAUGGAUAGGUAUGUUAGUGCCACCAGGAGUUUGUACAGUGAAAUGGGGGUCUUGAAUGAUUUGGAGCAAGCAGUAAAGAAGUUUCAGCAUAACCAGCACGAGGAGAGCAGAAGGGCGUUUGAACAGAAACUCACAUGGCAGAGGCAAGAUGUGAGGCAUCUAAAGGAGAUUUCACUUUGGAAUCAGAACUUUGAUAAGGUUGUUGAGUUAUUGGCCAGGACAGUUUGUACCAUUUAUGCUAGAAUCCGCAUAAUCUUUGGUGAUUCUACGUGGAGGAAGAAUACUACUAGUCCCGGGCUUAGUGGAGAUUCACCACCCAUGCGAAGUGAAUGUAAGCUAAUGUCUGGCCAGAUUGGUGCUCCUUUGAGUUCUGAGAAGGUGAAAAGCAAUCAUUGCAAGAGAAAUGGUCAUGGUUAUCGUUUGGGUUCCACUGCAAGAACUACUGUGGGGACAAGGGUAACUGCUAGCAAGCCUCAACUCGAUAUCAGGAGAGGUGAAUUACCAUAUCUUCAACUUGAAGAUUUUGGUUUUCCUUGUGGAACAAGUCCGGGGAAACUUUUCAUGGAUUGUUUAAGUUUAAGCAGCUCGAUUUCGAAAUUUGAUGAUGACAAUGAUGAUUAUGUUGUUGAUAGUGAGGACCAACAUAACAUAUCAAGCUAUCAUAAGGUCAAGGAAAGGGAGCAGUUGUACCAUUCUGGUGAUCUGAAUCACGUUCGUAGUAGCGUCCCUAUCACUGGAGAUCUAAGUUUCUCAACCUUUGGUCCCCACAGUAGAUUGGCACUUUAUGCUCCUCCUUCUACACUUGGAGGCUGUGGUCUAGCAUUGCACUAUGCCAAUGUCAUAACCGUGAUAGAGAAGUUCCUAAAGUAUCCACAUUUAGUUGGUGAUGAAGCUAGGAAUGAUCUAUAUCAGAUGCUACCAUCGAGCUUAAGGUUGUCUCUGAAAGGCAAACUAAAGACCUAUGUGAAGAACUUGGCCAUAUAUGAUGCUCCUCUAGCUCAUGACUGGAAGUUAACUCUAGAUGGGAUACUCAAGUGGCUUGCUCCACUGGCCCAUAAUAUGAUCAGGUGGCAAAGUGAGAGGAACAUUGAGCAACACCAAAUUGUUAGUAGAACAUAUGUGCUGCUAUUCCAGACAUUGUAUUUCGCUGAUAAGGACAAAACAGAGGAAGCUAUGUGCCAACUUCUCAUGGGACUCAAUUACAUAUGUCGUUAUGAGCAACAACAAAACGCCUUGUUGGGUUGUGCAAGUAGUUUUGAUUUUGAAGAUUGCAUGGACUGGCAAUUGUGAUGUGGCGCUUUUCCCAGUUGAAUAGAUUCUGAAUAUUGAAAUCCUCAAUAUGAUGAGCAUUUACAGCACAUAUCAUUUUGAUGCAGUUCACUUGAUGCUUACAGUAUGCUUUCUUUGUUAUGAAUGACACAGACUAAGAUUGAUAUUGAAUUUAUCCAUGUCUUAUUUCUUUGGUUACUGUUGAUGUAUUUGUACAUUUACUUCAAAUCUUGUAUUAAGUAGUUUUUAGUUGUGAUUAUUUAUGAUCAA